CGCGAAGAUCUUCGGAGGUUGCAGAAAAGAAAAAGGAACUUUUGUCUCUUGGAGGCGGUCCCCGGAGGGAUGGGGGGGUGGGAAACGGACCGGAAGUGACGAGAGCGAGUUCCGGUUGGCCGGACCCCAGCGGCGGGUGUGAGAGUCGGUCAGGAGCCGCUUCCAGGAUACUGAGAUCCGGAGAAGCCGGGGUCAGAGCGGGUAGCUCCUCAAGAAUUACUGAUCUAUGAAAUGGCAGAGAAUGGAAAAAAUUGUGACCAGAGACGUGUAGCAAUGAACAAGGAACAAUAUAAUGGAAACUUCACAGACCCUUCUUCAAUGAAUGAAAAGAAGAGGAGGGAUCGGGAAGAGAGGCAGAAUAUUGUCCUGUGGAGACAGCCACUCAUUACCUUGCAGUAUUUUUCUCUGGAAAUCCUAGUAAUCUUGAAGGAAUGGACCUCAAAAUUAUGGCAUCGUCAAAGCAUUGUGGUAUCUUUUUUAUUGCUGCUUGCUGUACUUGUAGCUACGUAUUGUGUUGAAGGAGCACAUCAACAGUAUGUGCAACGUAUAGAGAAACAAUUUCUCUUGUAUGCCUACUGGAUAGGCUUAGGAAUUUUGUCUUCUGUUGGGCUUGGAACAGGGCUGCACACCUUCCUCCUUUAUCUGGGUCCACAUAUAGCUUCAGUUACAUUAGCUGCUUAUGAAUGCAAUUCAGUUAAUUUCCCUGAACCACCUUAUCCUGAUCAAAUUAUUUGUCCAGAUGAAGAGAGCAUUGAAGGAACCAUUUCUUUGUGGAGCAUCAUCUCAAAAGUUAGGAUUGAGGCCUGCAUGUGGGGUAUCGGUACAGCAAUUGGAGAGCUGCCUCCAUAUUUCAUGGCCAGGGCAGCUCGCCUCUCAGGUGCUGAACCAGAUGAUGAAGAGUAUCAGGAAUUCGAAGAAAUGCUGGAACAUGCAGAGACUGCACAAGACUUUGCUUCCCGGGCUAAACUGGCAGUUCAAAACCUAGUACAGAAGGUUGGAUUUUUUGGAAUUUUGGCCUGUGCUUCAAUUCCAAAUCCUCUAUUUGACCUGGCUGGAAUAACAUGUGGACAUUUUCUUGUACCUUUUUGGACUUUCUUUGGUGCAACUCUGAUUGGAAAAGCAAUAAUUAAAAUGCAUAUCCAGAAAAUCUUCGUUAUAAUAACAUUCAGCAAACACAUAGUGGAGCAGAUGGUGGCUUUCAUCGGUGCUGUCCCCGGCAUAGGUCCAUCUCUGCAGAAGCCAUUUCAGGAAUAUCUGGAGGCCCAGCGGCAGAAGCUUCACCACAGAAGUGAGAUGGGCACACCGCAGGGAGAAAACUGGUUGUCCUGGAUGUUUGAGAAGUUGGUCGUUGUAAUGGUGUGUUACUUCAUCCUGUCCAUCAUUAACUCCAUGGCACAAAGUUAUGCCAAACGAAUCCAGCAGCGGUUGAACUCAGAGGAGAAAACCAAAUAAGCAGAAAAAGGUUCUAAUGGCAGAAAUUAGAAAUGAGUUCUGCCUUAAAUUGGGAGGACUCCAAACCAGGAAGGAAAAUACCCUUUUCCACCCUAUAUCAAUUUAAAAAAAAAAAAUGUUUUGUUUUGUUUUCUGAAAACAGUUUAGUCCAUAUUUUGCACUGACACACUUUUCCUUUGUGUGUUAAGGUAAGGUAUCCACCCUCAAUUCAAUCCAGCUUGUGUUUUAUUCAGGUGGAAUGUGAUGUUCAGCAGCGAACUUAACAGAAACCGGGCUUUUCUUUGUUACUUUCAGAAGGCCCACGUGGUACAAUUAAAGAAUUCCGGACACCAAAAACUAGUUCCUAAGUAUGUUGAGUAUGUCAAGCCUUUUAGGCUUGUCAGAAAUGACUCCUUUGUUUUUCUAAGUCAUUAAAGUGUGUAUAAAUUAUACUAGAUUGGAUAACGGUCUUGCAUGUCUAUCAUGGUAAAAUUUAUUUAAUCCUGCCCAACCCUUCCUCUCCUACCUUAAAAAAAAGGCCAUCUUAUGAUGCAUUGCACACCCUCUUGGGAAACUGAUCUUUAAAUUUUGAGACAGUAUAAGAAAAUUCUGAUUGGUGUCUCACGAAUGAGCUGACACCAUUUUUUAUUCUGUAUAUUUAGAAUGAAGUCAUGAACAAACUUUAUAAAGACAUCUUUGAUCAUUCCAAAA